GUGGUGCAGAGAGGGAGCGCACAGCACAUCCCAGCCAGUCCUCCUCCUCCUCCUCUCUCAUUCACACCAGGAUGGAUCUGCCCUGCUAGCAGCGCACAAGUCCACUCCAGAAGCUGGCAACUUAGAGUUCUCCUUCAGAAAAACCUCCAAUAUCAUUCAAGAUUUGUGUUUUCUCUGAGAACAGCAGCAUGCCAGCAUCAGGACUGGAUCCGCGCGUUGUGCUCCUGCUCUGCUUCAUCUCCUCCGCGGCGUGCAAUACGUUCGCGUUUACCGAGGAGCCCUCCGACAGAGCCGUGAAGGCGGACAGCUAUUGUAGUCGGAUCCUGCGGGCUCAGAGCAACCGGAAAGAGGUCAACAACGAGUUUCGGCUCCGCGUCGAGGGAGACCCGGAGAGCUACCAGCCGGGGAGCACCUACAGAGUGAGUCUGACAGCAUCCAGCCCAUCAUACUUUCGAGGAUUUACACUUAUAGCCACGAGGGAGGGCGCAGAAGGAGACAGAGAUGAGGACUAUGCUGGAAAUUUCCAGAUAAUUGAUGAAGAAGAGACACAGUUUAUGACCAACUGUCCUCCAGCUGUGACUGAAAGCACUCCUCGCAGGCGAACCAGUAUCCAGGUGUUUUGGACAGCGCCUCCUAGUGGCACCGGCUGUGUGCUCCUCAAGGCAAGCAUCGUACAGAAGAGAAUAAUCUAUUUCCAGGAUGAAGGCGCACUCACCAAGCGAAUGUGCGAGAAAGAAUCCCUGUAUGGAGAUUCAACAGAUAGACCGCUGCUUGAUUGUUGCGCCUGUGGGACAGCUAAGUAUAGAGUCACCUUCUACGGAAAUUGGUCGGAGAAGAUUCAUCCGAAAGACUAUCCCCGUCGGGCCAAUCACUGGUCAGCUCUCAUUGGAGCCUCCCAUUCAAAAAAUUACGUGCUAUGGGAAUACGGUGGCACUGCCAGUGAAGGAGUUAAACAGGUAGCUGAGCUGGGCUCCCCGGUCAAAAUGGAGGAGGAGAUCAGGCAGAAGGGGGACGAUGUCCUGACAGUCAUCAAAAUGAAAGCCCAGUGGCCGGCUUGGCAGCCCCUGAAUGUGCGUGCCGCCCCUUCAGCUGAAUUCUCUGUUGACCGAACACGUCACCUCAUGUCCUUCCUGACCAUGAUGGGACCCAGUCCAGACUGGAAUGUGGGCUUGUCUGCUGAGGACUUGUGCACCAAAGAGUGUGGUUGGGCUCAGAAGGUGGUCCAGGACCUAAUUCCUUGGGAUGCUGGUACUGAUGGUGGGGUCUCAUAUGAGUCUCCCAACAAACCCACUUUGCCCCAGGAUAAGAUCCGUCCCUUGACCAGUCUGGAUCAUCCUCAAAGCCCCUUUUAUGAUCCUGAAGGAGGCGCCAUCACUCCUGUGGCCAGGGUCAUGGUAGAGCGCAUCGCCAGAAAGGGUGAGCAGUGCAACAUUGUGCCAGACAAUGUAGAUGAUAUUGUAGCGGACAUUGCCCAGGAGGAGAAAGAGGAAGAUGAUACUCCAGAAACGUGCAUCUACUCCAACUGGUCUCCAUGGUCCGCCUGCAGCUCGGCUACUUGUGAAAAGGGAAAGAGGAUGAGGCAGAGGAUGCUGAAGGCCCAGCUGGACCUGAGUGUUCCAUGUCCACACACUCAGGACUUUGAGCCCUGCAUGGGACCAGGAUGCAGCGAUGAGGAUGCCUCCACCUGUAUGAUGUCAGAGUGGAUUACGUGGUCUCCGUGUAGUGCAUCCUGUGGAACAGGGACACGUUCCCGUGAACGCUACGUGAAACAGUUUCCCGACGAUGGUUCUGUUUGCACUUUGCCCACAGAGGAGACAGAAAACUGUGUCGUUAAUGAGGACUGCCUGCCCAGCAGUUGCCUGGUUACAGAGUGGGCAGAAUGGGACGUGUGCAGUGCUACUUGUGGUCUUGGCAUGAAAAGGAGAGAGCGCAUGGUGAAGAUGCCUCCUGCAGACGGCUCCAUUUGUGGAGCAGAGGUCUUAGAAGUGGAGAAGUGCAUGAUGCCCGAAUGUCAUACGAUCCCAUGCUUGCUGACUCCAUGGUCUGAGUGGAGCGACUGCAGUGUAACGUGUGGGAAGGGCUUGAGAACACGGCAGCGCAUCCUCAAAUCGCCCGCAGAGCUGGGAGAGUGCACGGAAGAGUUAGAACAGGUGGAGAAGUGCAUGCUGCCAGAGUGCCCCAUAGACUGUUCCUUGUCUGAGUGGACUGAGUGGUCUGAGUGCAAUAAGUCCUGUGGCAAAGGACACACAAUCCGGACUCGCAUUGUGAAGCUGGAGCCUCAGUUUGGAGGAGACCCCUGUUCUCAAACGGUCCAGAGGAAGAAGUGUAAGGUCAGAAGGUGCACACGAGGACAAGGCAACAGCGAGGAGAAGAGGCGACGCAAGGAGCAGCGUGAAAAACAAAGAGGCAAGCAGGGCAGAGCCGAGGGUGCCACCGAGCAUCCAGGCUGCAGAAUGAGACCAUGGUCGAGCUGGACAGAAUGCACCAAGCUCUGCGGUGGAGGAAUUCAAGAACGACUCAUGUCAAUCAAGCAGAAGUUUAAGACUGUGCAGCUGUCCAGCUGCAAGGACAGGAAGGAGAUCAGAGCGUGUAACGUCCACCCCUGCUAGGAAGCAGGGGGUAGAGGACGGGGUGAAGGGAGCGGCAGGAUGACAGUGAGACUGGGAGCAGAAACAAGGCACACUGUCGCACAACGAUCCAGUGCACUCUGUUUAGGGCUGAAGUGACACAUUUCUGAAUAUUCACGAGUAAAUCAGAGCUCGGGUCGGUUGCUGUUGAGAGGAAAUGGACUCUAUGAUCUCUCUGGAAAACAUUGGGUUGAAGCUUGGUCUCAUCUGCUGUGCUUUGGAACUACGCGUAUAGAAUUCUUUUGCAGCAUCACUGUAAACUCGUUGUGGUAAAAUAUACUCUGAGAAUGAUGUUUAAGAUUGAUAAACUGAUAUGAGGAAAAAAGAACUGUAAUAUCUUGUGGUACCCUUAAAUAUUUCAGUAUAUUUCAGAUUAAAAGCACAGGUACCUAGCCAUUCCAGUAUUUUAUACACCUUCACUUGUUCAGUUGUUUUAAAGAAUCACAGUGCCCUGCAUUUUUAUUCUUUACCCCGCUAGAUUGUUGUUGAAUUAAAAACGCCUCAUGCAUCUGUAUGAUUUGGAACAUUUUUAGAAAAUGUAAUUGUUUUGUUUCCUGUGUAACUUUUUGAUAAGAAUGUGCUGAAGUUCUUACCAAAGUCUUGUGUAGAUGUUUUCUAAAUGUAUGUUUGUCGUGUUUCUUUAUAUUGGUCCCUCUAAUGUAUUAAUAUUUUUGAAUAAUUUGACCUUUACAAUAAAACUAAAUGUGACAACACUGA